AUUAUGUAACAUGCUCUCAAUCACAUCCCUGCCUGAGUCUGAGGCAUAAGGUCGCUUUAAGAGAUAUCUCAGUUCCUAUCAGUGAUCCUGGCAGUACACCUCCUACCCUCUCCUCCACCAAAAACUCUUGUUGUGUCUCACCUGAUGCCAAACAGCGCUGCAAGUCCAGGAAGCAACAUCUCGGAGCGCAUUGAACACACACGGUGGCACACCGGAGGACGGAGGGGUCUCCUCCACCUGUCCGGAGCCGAGAGAGUCCGUCUCAGUGCGAGCAGAGAGCAGACACACAACGGAUCCAGGACAGCUGCAGAGAGCGAGGGCCCCAAAUGAAGGACGUUGUAAAGACUCCCAAAGAUUAAGGAUGAGGGAAAGCUUUACGAAAAUGCAAAUAUUAUUCAUGAAGUAAUUACAGCAGGUGUGACAAAACAAAUUAGUUCAAUUAGUCCCCGGCGUUUGAAGUGAGCCCAGGAAAACCACCAUGGAGCUGCAGCACAACACCAAUCACAACCAAGCCUUGUGGAAAGAGAUACCGUGGGAUUUCACCGAGGACUGCUCGCUCUCAGUGAGUGGCACCACAUUCCUCAUUGUUGCAUACAGUACAGUCAUGGCAGUGGGUCUCAUUGGGAACUCCUGCCUUUUGUUUGUCAUCACACGGCACAAGGAAAUGCACAACGUCACUAACAUCUUCAUCGCCAACCUGUCCUUUUCUGAUAUCCUCAUGUGCAUUGUAUGCCUGCCAGUCACUAUUAUCUACACACUGACGGACCGCUGGAUCCUAGGAGACGCCCUGUGUAAGCUCACACCCUUCAUCCAGUGUAUAUCAGUCACUGUUUCCAUCUUCUCCCUCGUCCUCAUCGCCAUGGAGCGCUACCAGCUCAUUGUCCACCCGACUGGAUGGAAGCCAAUGGUGGGCCAGUCCUACUUGGCCGUCGCUGUCACCUGGAUUGUGGCCUGCCUAAUCUCGGUGCCUUUCCUCUCAUACAGCGUACUCACCUUGCCUUUCCAGAACCUAACCAUUCCUUUCCCAGUCAAUGACCACCUGGUUUGUAUGGAGCGGUGGCCAUCAGUUCAAGAACGGCGAGCUUACACCACCUCCCUGCUCGUCUUCCAAUACUUCCUUCCUCUCGCCCUCAUCAUGGUCUGCUACCUACACAUCUACCUGCGCCUUCGGAGGAGGAAGGACAUGGUGGAGCGCGGCAGGAACACCACCCAAAAGAAAAACAAAGGCACCAUGAGGAUCAACGCCAUGUUAGUUGCCAUAGUGGUGGCAUUCGCACUCUCCUGGCUCCCUCUCACUGUCUUCAACACUGUGUUUGACUGGAACCACGAGGCCAUCCCGACCUGUGGUCAUGACAUCAUCUUCUCAUUCUGCCACCUCACUGCCAUGGCCUCCACCUGCGUCAACCCCAUCAUCUAUGGUUUCCUCAACAGCAACUUUCAGAAGCAGCUCAAGUCCACCCUAUUGCGUUGCCGCUGCUGGGGGGUUACAGAGAGGUAUGAGAGCGUCCCGCUCUCUACUGUCAGCACAGAAGUCACCAAGGGGUCAAUCUUGAGCAAUGGAUCUAUCAGCAUCAAUACUUAGACCUAAGCCUUUUCAGUAAAAGACAAAGAGACUACUCGGGCUUCCUCAGCCCUCAUUGUGUCAUCCUUUGGAGCUUUUCUUGCUUCGUUGCAUCCAAAAGCUAGGUUGACAUUUACAAAGUUAUAAACCUCACAACAGCAGUCCAGAGGGAGCCGACUGAAGACACUUAACCAGCAUGGUGCAUUGCCCUCGAUUCAGUAUGAGUUCACUUGUAAGAGGAAGUAGAUAACAAAUUGAUGGUGCAAAGGUUGGACAAGUUUAAGUAUUGUAGAGCGACUGAAGGCACUUUACAUGAGCACUUUUGCAACUGUAGUCUGUAUAGUCCAUUCCCCCGUGAGUUGUGGACACAUACGAAUGAAGAGACAGCAUUUAACCCUCUAUACAUCUGUAAUAUUCUCUUUCUAAAGCUCUGAGAUCUACUCAGGAUUCACGUUCCAAUGAAUAUCAGCUGUUAAAGGUUUGCUUAUCACACUUUUACCUGCUUUAAAUGUGAGCUGUUGAACCACCAGAGAGAAUUCAAAGGACAAAGGGAUUGGGGCAAAUAUUCUUUUCUUCUUUUCAGUUUUGCUGUUUUAUAUUAAUAGUAUUGAUGAAUAUAUUAACAGAUUGUAAACUGUGAUGUGUUAAUGAUUAUCGACAGAGUUGUUUAUGACAUAACUGAAGGAGAGAACAUUGGUGCAUUAAAUGUGGCUCAAGGCAUUCACUGAGACAAUUUACUAGCAUCACCUUAAUGCAUUUCCCAUUACCUAAAAUCACCACAAAUGAUGUAAUGAUCUUUUACAGAGAGCCUUGGCAAGAGCUGUAUACAUUCCAUGCUGUCGGCCAAGGUCUGUGCUCCAGUAAAUUGUGCGUGUGGGAUUUUUUUUCCUUAUAAAAUGUGCCAUUCAACAACCAUAUAUCAAGUGCCAUAAAACAAAAUAAAAGAGGCAGUAAAGGACUUUGUCAGAGCGAGGUUCUCCUGCUGUAUAUAACAUUACUAAAUACGUGUAUGGUCUGUACAAGAUGUGACAGUUAUUAUAGUUUAUGGUGUGGUGGGGGAAAAGAGCACUGUGUAGCAAAGCAGAUAUCUCCUAGGAAACCUGUCGUAAGUCACUUCUGUUUGUGGUAUUGAACUGAA